UGAAGGGAAACGCCAGAGCCAACAAAAUGGCUCCUUGGUGGGAAGGGGGCGGUUUGACUGUUCCUCUGGUCCCUGUGCUGAGAGCUACUCGGGCAAGGGGGCCUUUGUGGGGUGUCGUGCUCCUGGGGAAUGCGGUGCAGGGGCCCUGGCGAGCUGGCUGAGGGGACGCCCGACCGUAUUGACUUGCCGUGAAAGGUCACAAGUAAAAGGAACCCUCCCAAUGUGCCAGGAGAGCUCAAUCCAUCUGAGCAGCUCAGCAGGGACACAAGCUUCUGAGCUAGCCCAGGCAGAACAAGAAAAAUCCCCCCUCCCUGCCCUCAUUCUCAGCUCUCCUCUUUCCUCACCGGGGGACAGGAUGGAGGAGAAUUUUUCCUGCCAAGUCAAGAAGAUGGCACUGGCCUUGGGAACGUCUCUGACAGACAAGGAUAUUGACCUGCUGCCCUCGGAGAUGAGGCAUCACGCGGCCUUCAACUACAGCAAGUUCUUUGAGUACAUGCAGAAGUUCCAGACGUCGAGCGAGCAGGAGCAGCAAGUGCGCAAAGCUUUCCAGCUCCUGGACAAGGACAACAGCGGCUUCAUCGAGUGGAACGAGAUCAAGUACAUCCUGUCCACCGUGCCCAGCACCAUGCCUGCAGUGCCCUUGUCAGACGAGGAGGCUGAAGCUAUAAUCCAAGCGGCUGACACAGAUGGGGAUGGGAGGAUUGAUUUCCAAGAGUUCUCCGACCUGGUCACGAAGGAGAAGAUCCCCAAGAAGAAGUGA